AUGGACCAAUCACAGUCGCCACAGCAGCAUGUACGGACAGCCUCCGCCGCCCACCAGAUGGCCGCCCAGCAGUCGCUACCUCCACAGUCCGCCGCCCAGCAGCCGCUGCCGCCUCAGUCUGCCGCCCAGCAACCUCUGCCGCCCCAGUCGGCCGCCCAGCCGCUGUUUGACCCACGAGUUUGGCCCGGCUUUGAGCGGUUCAACCAGGUGCAAGGCCUGCUGGACCAGAACCGGCUGUUGAUUCAUGAGAUCAAGGCGAACCACGAGGCCCGCCUGCCGGAUGGGCUCAUGCGCAACGUGACGCUUAUCAGAGAGCUCAACUCUAAUGUCACCAAGGUGGUCGACCUGUACGCUGACAUCUCCCGCACCUUCGUGCGCAUCUUUGGCAGCUCUGCAGCUGCCCGCGCCUCUCCUGGCGCUGCUGGGGGGGAUGCUGCUGCUGCCGGGGCUGUGGGGGCCGACAUCCGUCCCUCUGCUGCCGCUGCUGCUGCUGCUGCUGCUGCUGCUGCUGCUGCUGCUGCUGCUGCUGCUGCUGCUGCUGCUGCUGCUGCUGCUGCUGCUGCUGCUGCUGCUGCUGCUGCUGCUGCUGCUGCUGCUGCUGCCACUGCUGCUGCUGCUGCUGCUGCUGCUGCUGCUGCUGCUGCUGCUGUUGAUGCUGGAAGGGCUGCAGGCGGCAGCAGUGACGUGAGACGGCUAGCAGGACCUGUAGACGUGCUUGUGACUAGGCCCCCCCCUGCUGCUGCUGGGGCGGAUGCUGCUGCUGCUGCUGCUGCUGCUGCUGCUGCUGCUGCUGCUGCUGCUGCUGCUGCUGCUGGGGGAGUGCAGGUUCCAAUAGUGACGGCUGGUUGCAGGGGAGAUGCGCAUGUAGCUGUGUCUCUCAGACGUAUCUCAGGACCUUUAGGAGCUCUGCUGCAGCCUGCUCCUCUGGAGAAGUUCGGGCCCAAGGGGGCCAACGCAGCGAACCCCAGUGCAGGGGGAAGGAGAAGUUCGGGCCCCCAUGGGUACCGAAGCAGCGAACCCCAAAGGCUGGUGAAGGUGGCAAUAGCAAGCUCCUUGCUUAGUCCUGUCCCUGCACUCUUCUACCCGCGCUCCCCCUCUCCCUCCCACCAGGAGAAGUUCGGGCCCAAGGGACCCAAUGCAGAGAAGUUCGGCCCCAAGGGACCCAAUGCCGCGAACCCAAACGGGGGGGGGAGGCCGCCGGCAGGCGGGGGGAAAGGGAAGGGCGGGGGGUCAGCGGCGGGGGGAGAUGAUGGGUUUGACUACCACAUGGGGCUGUCGACCCGCCCCCCCUGGUAUUGCAGUCUGUGCAAGGUGAGCGCCACAAGCAAGGAGACGCUGGAGAGCCAUUCAGAGGGGAAGAAGCACCGCGGGAAAGUGAGGGGGGCAACAAGAGCUGCUCUUGAGGCUGCCAAGGGUCAGCAGGAUGCAUCUAGGGCCGCUGAAGAGGCUGGAAACGGUGCAGUAGUUGACAGUGCGGUGCAGAGUGGUGCGGAUGGUGCUGCCAGUGGGAAGGCGAAUGGGGCUUCUCCUGUUGCAGCGAAUGGGGCAGCGACAGGCGGACAAGAGAAUGGGGCAAAGGAGGAGGGGAAGAGUGGUGGGGAGGAGGAGGGAGAGGGAGGAGCAGAGGUGCAGGGAGGGGAGGAGGGGAAAAAGAGGAAGAAGGGAGAGAAGGGAGAUAAGGGAACAAAGAGGAAAAAACGGACAGAAGGGGGAGACAAGGAGGAAACUGCUAGGAAGGAGGAAGAGCAGGAAGCAGUUGAGGCAAGGAGCAAGACAAAGAAGAUGAAGAAGAAGAAAGAGAAAGGCGAGGCUGAUGCAGAGCCUCCUGAAGGAGGUGCUGGGAUCCCAUGGAAGAAGCUCAUUCGGCAGCAGCUCAAGGCGGCACCCAGCCACGAGCUGCCACUCAAGGCGCUGAGGAAGCAGGUGCUGGCAGCAGCCAAGGGCGUGCUGGCAGAGCAAAGCGCAAAGGAAAGCACCAAGCACCAGGGUGCAGGCAAGGGAAGGGAGAGCUGCCGCAAGAAGGAGCUGCUGGCUGCUUUUCAACGCUCUCUGGAGAAGUGCAAGGCUGUCAUUGUUGAAGAUGUUACAGUGAAGCUCAAUGUUGAAUAA